UCCCUCCUCCCUGCACGAAAAGUGAAACCCGGAGAUUCGUCGCCGGGGUCUGGAGUCUCCGGGAGCAGAAGCAGAAGAAGAAGAUAACGAAAGAAAUGGGAGAUGGAAGAGAAGGAGAUUGGGAAUGUUUAGGUUGCAGUAACAGAAAUUACGCGUUUAGAUCAUUCUGCAACAGAUGCAAGCAGCCUCGUCUUUUCAUGGAUAACAAUACCUCUCCAAACUCUAAGUGGCUUCCUCGUAUCGGAGAUUGGAUCUGCACUGGUUGCACUAACAACAAUUAUGCAUCACGAGAAAAGUGCAAAAAGUGUGGACAACCUAAGGAAGUAGCAGCAUUGUCAGCACUUGCUAUCCCUGGAGCUUCUCUUCAGACUCAUCUCAGUUACUUCCCCCGUGGACCUGAGCCAGUCGAUCAACCUGGUUCUUUACUUUCAUUCUCUAACCCUGCAAAUCAAGCUUCGGUUCUUAAAGAAUGGAGGAGCGGUGACUGGAUUUGCAGAUGUGGGUUUCACAACUAUUCCUCUCGUAUACAGUGCAAAAAGUGCAAUGAAACAGCUCCACUAGCUCUUAGAACAAAGAGAUUAGCAUCAGAAGUUUUGGCUCAAGAAUGGGAUACCAAAAGACUGAAUCAAGGAUAUACAAGCAUGCAGCCACAAUCAGCGUUAUAUGCAUCUUUUCCUGGUAUAAGCCCAGGCCGGAUCCCAAAUUGGCAACUUCCUCUCCCGUUUCUACAGCAACAUUUAACACCUACGUUACUUGGAAAAGGAGCAAAACAUUGGCGUGAUGGAGACUGGAUGUGCACAAGUUGCAAGAAUCACAAUUAUGCAUCACGAUCAGAGUGCAAUAGGUGCAAGACUAAACGAGAUAUCCUUGAGCAAGACACAACUCCAGCACAAUCUUGAAGUAUCUGGAAGAGUAUUCUUUAGUGUCAUAACUCAUAACACAUGUACUGUAUCUAUAAAACAGGUCAUUAAAACUUGGAUUUUUUCUUUAACU